UUCACGAGUCCCCAAAAAUAACAUAAAAACAAAUAUUAAAAAAUAAACAAAUUAAGAAAGAAAAAAAGAGUUAAUGUCUUCUCUCUCCGACAAGACAUGUUUAGCACCAUUUCGGUUCCUUCCUUAAUAUCAUCAUCAUCAUCAUCGCUUUUUUCAUCUAAAAUCCCAAAAAACCCCUUUUUUCUCCCAUUCUUCAGAAAAAUCUCUCCUUUAUCUCCGGGAAGUUUCACUCACUGUAGCUUUUCUGAUUCCAUAUCACACUCUACACGCUAAAUGGCUCCGGCGACUGAGUGUCAAAGCUCAUUCCUGAGUCGACUCAGCAUCCGCCGCAACCAGAUCGUCUCCAUGGACGUUAAUCACGAGCACGAGCUCGAAGAACUCGAGUAUUUCCAAAAACACGUAGCUGAGCGUUUCUCUGAGUUAAUACCAUCUCCAUCGUGUCCUCUUUCUUCCUCCUCCUCCUCCUCCGGCGUCGCGGCAGUAUCUCAGCCGUCUGAUCCGAUUCUUUCGAUCCCUUGGUUGGAGAAUCUCCUCGAUGUUUUCAUGUCCUGUGAAGCUGAGUUCAAGGCGGUGUUGAGCAUGACCCAGAUCUCGAAAUCGCCGUCUUUAGAAAGGGUUUUGCCGGAAUUGCUUGAUCGGAUUUUAAAGGCGUUGGAUUUAUGUAACGCCGUUGUUAGCGGGAUUGAUUCCGUUAGACAGAGUCGACGUUUCGCGGAGAUCGCUGUCACGGCGCUUAAACAACGGCCGUUAUGUGACGGAAGCGUUCGUCGAGCUAAGCGUGCGUUAACUAGUCUCCUCGUUGGGUUAAACGCUGAGGAGAGGAGAGAUAGGAGUAGUGGAGGAAGUGGCAGCAGUAACCAAAGAAGGACAACGUCACGGUCUUGGUCGUUUGGACCGCGCAGCAAUGUCAGUGGAGGAGGAUCAUCUGGCCAAAUUAGUAAGAAUUGGUCUGCGACGAAGCAGAUUCAGGCGAUGGUUGCCAAUCUGGUGCUGCCACGUGGAGCAGAAGCUUCUGGACCGGCAAUGCCGGUUUACAUAAUGAGCAGUGUUAUGGUUCUAGUGAUGUGGUCGCUUGUGACGGCGGUUCCUUGUCAGACAAGCAGCGUUCUUGUGGCGCCAUUGCCACUUCCGAAACACCAGAGUUGGGCUAGCGCAUCUGUUUUUAUUCAGGAGAGAAUUGGUGAAGAGAUUAAAAGGAAGCGUUGCGGUGGCGGUGGGUUGAUGGAGGAGAUGCAGAGGAUGGAGAGGAUUGGGAUAUCUUUACUUGAGUUCACGGAGAGGUUUAGGUUUCCGGCAGAUGAAGAAGAGGAGAUGGAAGUUGCGGAGAAGGUGGAUGCGAUGGAGGAGAUUUGCAGGGAAAUGGAAGUGGGAUUGGAUGAUUUGCAGAGACAAAUGAGGCAAGUGUUCCAUAGAUUGGUGAGAAGCAGGAUAGAGAUUGUUUCAGUGCUUGAUCAAGCUUCUGCAAUCUAAUAUGUAAAUCAUCAAUAACAACAAAACCUUUUUCUA